UUCUAUUUUGCGUUACCUCAUAGACGGCCAGUCAAUGGAGUCAAGCGGUCACGGCGAUGCUAUAAUAUUAGUGACAGGCGAAUCCGUAGCUGAUGUAACGAGGGUUUUUAUUUGAAUAGAUAACUGCUAUUUAGACUGCCAUGCCCGCGAAGGUAUAGUUUUAUGCUGAAUAAUUGGCUCGUUUGCAGCUGACGCGCCGUAUCAACACAAAGGCCUAUGUAGCUAGCAGCUAGCUAGCAAGUGAUUAAACGCCAACAGCAGCUGCAGCGAAUUAACAGGCGUACCGUUUUUUAUAUUUUAUCUGUAAAGCAACCAGUCUGAUCUACUAACAAGAAAGCAUUUGUGUAUUUUUUGGUUCUCCACGAUAAUGGCGGAAGAGGGUGCGGUGGUCAUGCAGCAGAAUUUGGACAGGAGCUGCUGGGUGUGUUUCGCCACAGACGAGGAUGACCGCACAGCAGAGUGGGUGCGUCCGUGUCGCUGCCGCGGCUCCACCAAGUGGGUUCACCAGGCCUGCCUGCAGCGCUGGGUUGACGAGAAGCAGCGGGGCAACAGCACAGCGCGCGUGGCCUGCCCACAGUGCAAUGCAGAAUACCUCAUCGUCUUUCCCAAACUGGGUCCCGUGGUUUAUGUGCUGGACCUGGCCGACCGGCUCAUCUCUAAGGCCGGCCCCUUCGCCGCCGCCGGCAUCAUGGUGGGCUCCAUCUACUGGACUGCCGUCACCUACGGAGCCGUCACCGUCAUGCAGGUGGUGGGCCAUAAGGAGGGCCUGGAUGUUAUGGAGCGGGCCGACCCUCUGUUCCUACUCAUCGGCCUGCCCACCAUCCCUGUCAUGCUGAUCCUCGGCAAGAUGAUCCGCUGGGAGGACUAUGUCCUGCGCCUGUGGAGGAAGUACUCCAACAAACUGCAGAUCCUCAACAGCAUCUUCCCAGGGAUUGGCUGCCCAGUUCCUCGCAUCCCGGCGGAGGCCAGCCCGCUGGCAGACCACGUGUCUGCCACCCGGAUCCUGUGUGGCGCGCUGGUGUUCCCCACCAUCGCCACCAUAGUGGGCAAGCUCAUGUUCAGCAGCGUCAACUCCAACCUGCAGAGGACCAUCCUGGGAGGCAUCGCCUUCGUGGCCAUCAAGGGGGCGUUUAAGGUGUACUUCAAACAACAGCAGUACCUGAGACAAGCCCACCGCAAGAUCCUCAACUUCCCCGAGCAGGAGGAAGCCUGAGGAGUCUCCGCAGUCCGGAGGGAGGACGGCCGGACGAACCACACACCUGUGCUGGAGGGGUGAGGGGGGUGGGGGGAGGAGAUGAACUGUCAGUCAGACUCUGAGCAACAAGUGCUGGUGAAACAGACUUUUAAGAUCAGCGUCACCCUCGUUAUCUACUCCUCAAACCGCCUCUCCACACCUCCUCACCCCUUCUGUUCUGGAGUGAUUCAUCGCACCGCCGCUGACAUUCACGCAAGGAUUCCCCGCCACCGCCACUACACCUUGUUUUUAAAUUUUUGAAGCUUUCGUAAGGAGAAGACGGAUAAGACGUGUGGACACACAGGAGCACGCGUGCAGUUACACACAAAGAUCUUUCCCAAGAACUCGAGGGAGGAUGUUUCAACAAUCACAUAACUAAUACGUAUUGUAGACUUACUGUAUUUUAAGAAGAGAAAAUGCGGGGCAUGUGUAAUUAGAAAGUUUUAUAAUAAUAAUAAUAAAUGAUUGUUUUAUAAAGUUUAUUUUGCAGAUUUGAAACGUCCCCUUUGCCAGCGUGUUAGGGGUUUCUAUUGAAUGAUGAAUCAUUUCCGUGUAUGGAAUGUAUUAAUGAUAAACAAUAAAUGUGUUUAACAGUUGUGAAUCAUGAUGCAGUACAUUAACCACAAGCAGGAAGCGUUAACUCUUCCUGCUACUCUAAGGUACUCCAGUAACACACUGACCACGGCUCAUGAAUUCAAGUAGAGGUGUGUUUUUUUAGAUCCUGCAUUAUUCAUGGGUUGUUGCAUUUUUCUGUUGACAUGCCUUGGCAGUGUUCACGUUGAUUCUGUAGCUUUAUCUCUAUUUUCUAAAAUGCUUUUAUGUGUUGUUUUAAAACGUCAUUUGCCAUCACAUCCCUGCAGGAGGAGCCUGCUGUCUCCACCGCGUCCAGGAUGGACGAUGCGACACGGAUGCUUUUGGUCCUUUCAGAGCUUUUUGCAGUGACGGGAUGUCAGACUGGAAGCAUUUUUAAAAGCUUUGAGUGAAUUGCACACAGAGCUUUGAUGCAGCACUUUUCACUGGGAGACGUGAAACUUUGCUGAAAGUUGAUAAACGUUUAGUUUUUUUGGAUUUAAACAUGGGGGUUCAUUUUAAUAUAAUUAUAGAUAUACAUAUUUUUUUCUUUUUCCUCUCUCUCUCUUCUGCCUCACAUGUGAUGGGAUUGUUGCUGCCUGAGUGUGAACUGUAGUCCGGGUCAGACACUGUGGGUCUGGGGUAAUUACCAGGCAGAUGUAAGUGAAACUUGGACACUGGCUAUUGGAAAUGAGUCAUUGGAGCAAUUUGGCAGAAUGUUUGUGUAAAUUAAAAGGUCAGUUCACCCAAAUUACAAAAAGAACAUAUUUUCCCACUUAAGUUUUGAUAUAUCUGUCGGGGAGUUCUGCCUCCACCACACAACUGAGAUGAAUGGAAUUUGGUUGCACUGAAAAAUAACCCUUUAAAAAAAAAUCAACUGUAUUUUAAAAUUUCAUGUGAUUUGGGACUAUUUCUUUGGCAGAAAGUUGUUAAGAAGAAAGCUCGACAGUAAGAAGUUAAUUUUAAUUUUGAAUGAUUUGAGCAUUAUGAAAAAAUUCAUUCACCUUCAUUAUACUGAAGUAGCAACAUAAAUCUCAUUGAUUUCAAACAUUACUGCACAGUUAGAUAGUGAGAAACAAAUGCCUUUUUCUAAUUAGGGUGAACUGACUCUUUAAUCGACCCUUUUGUAUCACUCCUGAUGAGCAGGUCGGCACCUUGCAUGGCAGCCUCUGCCAUCAAUGUAUGAAUGUGUGUGUGUGUGAAUGAGUGAAUGUUGGCAUGUAGUGUAAAGCGCUUUGAGUGGUCGAGCAAGGCGCUGUAUAAACAGUCCAUUUAACAUAGCCAUAAAUAGUAAAUAAAUAAUAUAAAUUGGGAGCAUGAUGUGAUUAGCAGUUUCACUUUUUCAUGUGGCAAAUAUUUCCGUUCACAGGGCUGUUAUCAAAACUGAACCACAAGUCUGUGUUUUCUGCCUCUGAGCGAACAAGAACAUUCAGUAUGUGACUUCCUGUGAACAGGCAUGACUUAAAGCUGACCACUUUGAAUAUUUAACCCGCACGUGUAAACUGUGCCUGCUUUACAGGUGUCCUCCUACUCUCUGCUCUCCCUCUACAUUCACUGUUAAGUCUCAACUCUGCCAAAAGAGACAGUGAAGUUAAAAGUGUGAACUGUGUUGUACAGACAUUUGCUUCUGACUUUGAAGAGUCACAUGGUAUCAGUUCUGUGAAUAAAUGUAUUUUUCCAGUUA